AAGUCUGUUUUAUGUUUCUGUUUUUUUUUAAAUAUUAUUACCAACGAAGGUCUAGUAAAAGUCCACUAAUUGUCGAGUUGUGACUGUAGUAUUGACUUCUAGAUAAAUUCCUCACUAGAGUCCGUCCAUAAUACCUUGACCAAAUAAAAAAAAAAUGCAAAGAUCAUUUGUUUGCCACGUGAUGUAACUGAUGUGUUGUGAGGUAGAGUUUUUAUUACUGUGUUACAGGGGACUAACUGUAUUUGUUAGGUAAGUUAAAGCCACUUCAUUUAAUUUUCUCGUGGCUUUCAAAGCUUAGAAAGACGUCGCUUGAAAACUGUCGUAAUAUUGUUUUUUUCUUUAGUUCACUCAGUUGCACUUGUUUUCGCAUGCAUGCAAAUAUUUGUUACUUUUUGUUCGAUAAAAACAAUGUUCAUAGCUUGAUUAUGUAUUACGCUGUGGUUACAUAAAUUUCCUUAUUGUUUAUUUGCAUGUUGAUAAUUCAGCAAAAGUAUUUCGCUGCAGUUAUAUACGCAUUACUGAUUUGCUUCUAUUUACUUUUAAAUUUACAAAAGUUUGUAAUAUUUUGUUGUUAAUUGUCGUUUACAUUAGUCUAUUAGUCUAAUGACCCACUACUGAACCGUUUAACAUAAUAAUGUGUUAAUUUACAUAGUAAAGUAUGGAUUAAUAAUUAAAUGAUUGGGGACGUCAUAGUCACGCAACUUGCAACAUGCACUGUAGAUUAUCUGUCGUUUUAACUGUCAAACGGUUUAUGGCCUAUGUUUGACAGAUUCAUUUUUUUUAUUGUUUUUUUUUUGUACAUGUUGAUCUUUUUAACAGACUGUGCGAACAAGGAGGGUAAUGUUAAUUGAUGUUUGUAUGAUGUUGGUGUAAGAUUUUUUGUGUAAAUGUGAAAUAUGAUUGUGUUUUUAAGGGAACUGGAUUUGCAUGUAUUUUUAUGAUAGGUAUUUUUGUUUUUUUUUUUGACAUUAAACUAAGAAAAGAUUUCUGCAUGUUGCCCUUAUGUUGUCCAUUUGUUUAUGCCUUUUGGCGGUCUAAUUUUCCAAUAUAAAUUUGUUUUACAUUUGUUUUUAUUUCAUAUUCAGGACAUUUUUGUGCGUAACCUAUUCUCAAAUAACGUUGUACUUUAAAUACAGGGUCAUAAUUAUGUUAUUAUAACUGGAAUAUAUAUAUGUAAGCGAGGUAUAAUUAAGUAGAAAACGUGGUACGUUUCCAGCCUUAUGAUAUAGUUAGUAUUGUAUUGUAAGCAUGACAUGUGUUGUAUGGUGUGUGACGUGCGAGUUCCCCCGCAGACGGGCGGCGGGUGCGGCGGCAGCGGCGGCGCGGGCGGCAGCGGCGGCGCGCGCGCGGGGUCGCUGCGCACGCCGCUCGCGCGCACGCCCGUCACCUUCAAUGCCUCGCAAGUCGCCAAAGCGAAGUUGCAGGCCGCGCUUUCGGAGGAGAGCGGGGGCGGCGCGCGGUACUGGGGCGCCGCCAAGCUGCCGCACCUGCCCGCGCCCUCCUAGCGGCCGCCGUCCGCGCGCCGCCUGGCCAAGGUGAGUGUGUAGCGGGGCGGGGCCGGCCCGGCCGCUCCCGGCCCGCUGACGGCCCGCUGUCGCCAGGUGGCGUCGCUGGAGCGCGCGCGCGGGCCCCGCGCGGAGCUGGAGCGGCGCUCGCUGGACCUGGAGCGCGAGCUGCGCGCCGGCCGCAGCUCCGACGCCUCGCUGGACGAGCGCCGUUGAUCUCAUAGACUGUCGACCCGACCCUAGGCUAAGCGAACGAGUGUGACUAAAUCAUUUAACAUUUUUCUACAGAAUCGAGACGGACGUUUGCGUUCGCGUUCAUUUGACCUAAGUUAAUAUUUUGUGUAAUUAGUUAAUUUUUCUCAAGUGAUAUAAUGAAGCUGUAUUCGUAACGAAAUGGUGACCUUAUAAUCGGAAUUCUUAAAGGAUGUAAGGGUAGUUAGUUACAAGGCCUUCGAACCUAGGUUAAGGAGCUAAGCUACGCGAUGUUUUUUGUCGAUUAGCGUAGUAGAUGUUGUGAUUCAUUGAUAUGGUUUACAUUAUGAUUUGUAUUGCGCUUGCGGACUCCUACCACUAGUGGCGUAUAAUACUGUACCUUGGGCCAUACGUAUGGAGAGUUACGUUUAUUAUAUAGCGCAUGCUAAGUACAUUUUACAGCAUUUUAUUUUACUACUUGUAUACAGAUGGUUAUCAUAUUGUUUUGUCGAAAGUUUGUCGAACAUGAAGGCGUGUCGUCGCGAACACUGAGCACGAGUAGAGGCUACAGCCCGAGGCGCCCAGUCGGCCGCUAGACCUAGUCCAAACUGUGUAUCGUUAGGUUAUGUUAGCGUGUAAGAAUUGAUUCGUAUCGUAUGUGGAGCGAUUCUUGCGGCGGCCGCGGCCUCGGGCGGGACUGCGCGCGCGCACUGCCUGCGCCUGCGCCCGCGCAGCUCGCUUUCAUACAUAAACUUCCGACCCUCUGUAUAGUGCAAUAUGUUUGACAUUUAUGUUUAAUUUCGUCUUCCUCAUAUUAUAUUUGUAACAAUUUACAAAGGGCCUAUAAUGUUUAUAUUCGAUUAACAUGCAUUUUUAUUUUAUUUUUUUCGUAUUAGUUUGUAGAAUUUCUUGGAUACAUACGAUUAUGUAUAGACAUGUGUAAUGGCUUACAAAUGAAGUGUAUUAUUUCGAUUUUGUGGGAAUGUAGUCGAAGCAAGCACUUAUGCAACUUGCAUUACUAGUGUUAGCAAAUUUAAUUUAAUGUUUGAUAAAGUGAAUGUCCAUGAUUGGAGCGUUUGAUACCUUGAUUAUUUCUCACCGUGUUGUUGUGAUGUACAAAGAUUUUGGAAAUGUUUUAAUGUUUGAUACCCUAUUUAAUAUGAUAUACGAUAAUUCAUGUGCGUUUUAUAUGUAGAAUAUUUGACCAAUGAACAAAUGAGGGUUCUCUAUAAGUCGUUUUACUACGGAGCCCUAAUACGUAAGUUCCGUACGUGCUUGCUUACCCCGAUUGUAUUUUAUUAUUUGACCGUAUCUCACUAUACUCAAUGUAGCAUUUUUAUUUCGAUAAUUGUGUUUAAGUUGACUGCCGUUUUCUUAUAAUUAUGCUCAAUGAUAGUUUAAUGUCUUAGUACUCUGGAUUGUGUAAUGUUGACAUUAAUACAAUUGUGCGAUGACCCUAGUUUAUUACUUUGGACGUGACGAUACAUCUGUUGUUUGUAUGGAGUCUGUGCUCCGACUACCGGGAUGUCCGUACUGGCCGGUACCGCGUACAGUCGCGCGCGUCGCGAGGGGCGCUGCACCCGCCUGUACCGCCAUCUGACCUCAACCUGUGUAUCGUCACGUGACCCAUAGCGUUUUAAGGUAUUUAGUCAAUUAUUGUAUAGCUUUUUUUUAACUUUGGAACCUCGAGGGCUGAGACGAGUCAAUUCACUUCAGCCUUUAUCCAAAUCGUGAUAGUUUAUGUUCUUCACAUUGUCAAGUUCCCUGCACAACGGCGGUGACUUCUGGCUAACUUGGCAUUGAUCAGUAUUACUCAUUAUGUUUCACCUCUUGACUCGCAAAAUAACUGCCAAGUACAUAUAGUUAAAUUAAGUAUCGUUUGCUAUACAUGACUAUAGCGAAGCAUCUAGUUACGACAAUAUUAGCUUUCGUUGGAACGCAUUUCUCUUAUAACUAGUUAUUUUUUUUGUGAAAUAUUUUUGUUCUCAUUUUAUAUGUAAAAGCUGGUGUUUCACCUCUUGAAACUCGUAACUACAAUGUGAAUAUAAAAUAAAUGAGUUAUACAAAUAAAA